UGUACAUGUACGAAAAAUCAUUGAACAAACUAACCUAUUUGUUGAGGAUACAAUUUUUUUAUAUUAUUAAAUAAUAAUAAUAUGGAAACUAUCUUAGAACAACAACGCCGAUAUCAUGAAGAACGAGAGCGACUCGUCGAUACAAUGGUGAAAGAAAUGCUUCAUAAAAAAACCAGCUAUAGAGAAGCGAUUAAUUCAGAUCACCGCUUAAAAUAUCUUUUGGAUAAGUAUUUAACCAGCACGGAACGCCUCGUUGAGCUUUACGAGGAUAAAGAUGGACAACGGAAAGCCGAAGUUGCAGCUUUAACCGGACCGAAUGAGUUUCAAGAAUUUUAUAAUCGAUUAAAACAGAUUAAGGACUUUUAUAGGAAACAUCCGAAUGAGAUUAGCGUCCCGAUGUCUGUGGAAUUCGAUGAAUUAGCUAAAGCUAGGGAAAAUCCUACUGAGGAAAUGGCUAAUUUGGUUGAAUUUUCCGAUGAGGAAGGUUACGGAAAAUACCUUGAUUUACACGAAUGUUACGAAAAGUACAUUAAUUUAAAAGGAAUUGAGAAAGUUGAUUACAUAACUUAUUUAGGAAUGUUCGACCAACUUUACGAUAUCCCCAAAGAACGUAAAACUGGGGAAUACAGAAAAUAUCUCAUUAUGUUAAUUGAGUAUUUAUCAUGGUUCGUUCAAAGAAUCAAACCUUUACUUGACGUAGAAACAGUUACAUUAUCCGGAAUUGAUUCUGUUGAGCUAAAUUGGGAUUCGGGAACCGUUCCGGGUUGGCCUAAAGAAGCUGGUUCGGCGUUAACGAACGUCGGAGCUCAUUUAGAACUUUCAGCCUUUUCAAGUUGGGAAGAAUUAGCUUCUUUAGGUUUGGAUCGUUUAAAAUCGGCUUUAAUGGCGUUGGGAUUAAAAUGCGGGGGGACUUUGGAAGAGCGCGCCCAAAGAUUGUUUUCAACAAAAGGUUUGACCUCUUUAGAUCCAUCGCUUUUAGCGAAAAAAGCCGGGAAAGCGAGCAAAGAUAAAGAAACGGCGAGACAACGUGAAUUGGCAUGUUUGGAAUCGCAAAUUUUUAAAUUAGCGGAGUUGGUUUCGUUACAAAGGGCGGCGACGAAAGAAAAUGUUCAACGUAAACAGGCUCGCACUGAUGGUGAACGCGAUGAUAGUGAGAAUGAGGAAAGCGAAGAGGAGGAGAUUGAAGAUGAUGCUGAUGAUGUUCCUUAUAACCCCAAAAAUUUACCACUUGGUUGGGAUGGAAAGCCAAUUCCUUAUUGGUUGUAUAAAUUACACGGAUUAAACAUAAGUUAUAACUGCGAAAUUUGUGGGAAUUACAUUUAUAAGGGUCCGAAAGCGUUUCAACGACAUUUCGCCGAAUGGAGACACGCGCAUGGCAUGAGAUGUCUUGGAAUACCAAAUACGGCUCAUUUCGCUAAUGUUACUCAAAUAGAGGACGCUUUAGCACUUUGGGAAAAAUUGAAGGUGCAAAAACAAGGUGAGCGAUGGCAACCAGAAACGGAGGAGGAAUACGAAGAUUCACAAGGAAAUGUGGUGAAUCGAAAAACGUAUGAGGAUCUUAAACGACAAGGAUUGCUCUAAAUUAAGGAAUUUUGUGUGUUUAAAUAAUUACAUUAUUGAUAUCGAAAA